UGUUGUUGGCACAAGUGGCUGAUUCACGAGUUGUUUUGCGGUUCGGUUCCGCUCCGCUAUGCGCGUGUUUCGCUCUUGGGUUUCAGAAGCGUCUCCUCGCAAUCAUCACAAACAACAUACGACGGACACAAUGGCGGUGAACUGGUGCAGCCUGCGCCUCGGCGGCGGUUCGUUUCACCGGCGGAAGCGGCCGACCGGGCGGCAGGUAGGACUACACGCGCAGGGAGCAUGCCGCUAGCAGCAUGGCAAGCUCACCGAGCGGCGCCGACGAUCGGCCCCACUGGUCGGACUUCUGCGAGAAGCACGCCCGAGUGGCCGCCGCUGAAUUCGCCCACAACUACCAGCUUUUCGUGGCCGAUCACCAAGAGCUGGCCCGAUCGGCGGAGUUUCCCGCAUUCGGGCGCCGUUUUGCCGAAGUGUUCCAAGAGCACUUCGAGGCUGAGGUGCGAAGACGCAUCGACGAAGGAGCGAGGCCGCUGAGCACAGCCAGCAACGGCGGCGGCUCGCAGGAGCCGCUGGGUGCAGCCGCGGCGCCCAGGGCUGUGGCCAAGACGCCGAGCAGCGCGACGUCUUCGCAAGACAACCUGCGCUCGCUCGCCACCGUCAACCACGAGGACUACAGCGAUCUCUCCGAAGGAGAAGCGUCGCCCAAGGCGCACCAUCGGCUUUUCUUUCGGCGUCUUUCGUUCAAGGGCUUGAAGCGUGGCAAGGGCCUUUUCCACAAGCAGCACUCGGACGAGCUCGAGUUAUCGUCGCACGCGCCGCCCCACCACCACCAUCACGGAGAGCGACGCAGUAAAGGCGACAAACAUCAUCACCACGACAAGGCCAAGCUGAGCAAGAUUAUCGUCGAGCACGUCAAGGAAGGGCUCGUCAACUACGUGAGCGGCGAAAACAUAGACGGCCGUCAGAAGUGGGAGAAGUGCCGGUUGGUGCUCGUCAAAACUGUCGGUGGAUACCUGCUCGAAUUCUACGCACCGCCCAAGUCCCUAAGGCCACGGAGCGGUGUGUUUUGCUACCUGAUCCACGACGCCAGGGAGACGACUGCUCUCGAGAUGCCGGACCACGAGAACACCUUUGUGCUCAAGGCUGAGCAUCAAAUUGAGUACGUUGUGGAAGCACACGAUGCCGAAAGCAUGAAGUCAUGGCUGUCUACGAUCCGGUACUCUAUGCAGCACCUAGGUGAUUCAGCUGAUGAGAACAUAAGGCCAAGGUUGACGACAUCACCGUCCGAGUCAUUGGCGAGGCUUCGAGAGCAGCAUGCAAAUACCAAAAAAGGCCCUGCCGAGGCAACUACCGUUGUCACUCCGAGCGAUCUUCCUGUAGUUCGUGCCGUUGGAAGUGGGAGUGACGGUGGCGUCACGGCGUUACCACCGUCCGUCACCCCGGUCGUAGCUGUGGCUGGAGGAACCGGCAGUGGCGGUGGGGAGACCGCGGCAACGUCGCCACCCGCCGUUGAUGGCGGUGCGUCCUUGUCUGGCGGAGAAGGUGGCGACUUGUACCAGUCACUACGCGAAUAUCCUUGGUUUCAUGGGACACUGUCGAGGAGCGAUGCUGCCCAGUUGGUGUUGCGCGAGGGUCCCCUCGGCCACGGCGUGUUCCUUGUGCGGCAGAGCGAGACGCGGAAGGGAGAGUGUGUGCUCACCUUCAACUUCCAGGGCAGGGCCAAGCACCUGCGCAUGACGCUGAACCCGGAAGAGCAGUGUCGGGUACAGCACCUGUGGUUCGAAACCAUCUUCGACAUGUUGGAGUACUUCCGGAUGCACCCUAUACCGCUCGAGUCUGGUGGCUCAUCGGACGUGACGCUGACGGACUUUGUGCUUGCUCCUGGUGCGACUGGCGGCAAUGAGGGAGAGCUACUCACCUACGGCGGCUCUGUGCGCCUUCACUCGUCCUCGCUGGACAACUUGCAAGCUGCCCAUUUGCCGCACGGCCGCGCUGUUGAGAAUACCUAUUCCUUCGUCUGAAAGGCAUUUGGCACUGUCAUCGUGUUUCUCGGGAAUGCCAGGACUGGUUCUUUAAAUGUGCUUUUACCUGGAGCUGGAUUUCGUUUCCAGCCACACUGAAGUGUGUUGGGGAAACACGAAAGGAACUCGCCAGUUUCUUCGUUCUGCACACAUUGCGUGCUUUGUGGUUGCUGCUGGUGAAGUAAGUCGAGACGUCUUACCAUCUGCAACAAGCUGAGCUUGUUCGCAAUGCACUUGAACAAUUGUGAAGCGAAUGCGCAUUUGACUUUUGCUGUUUGUGCAGUGCAGUGUUACGAAAGCUCCUGUUGGUACUGUAGUGGCAACGUUACAAGUAUAUUUUGCAAGUGCUGCUCCAAAUUUUGGUACUUUUAAUUGUGGACAAAUUGUGAAUAAGUUUGCAGCUACUCAGUUUUGGCAGUGUGUGUUCUGCUACUGAAGCAAAUACUCCCUCUCCAUGUUGAUGUGAAUUCUGCCAGACUUCUACAGUCAAGUCUGUACUUGUCAGUGUUCACAUUAUUCCAUCAUCCCAAGCAGAUUCAUCGAAAAAUAGUUGCAUGGUGUUGUAUGUUGACGCUGUUAGAAGCUUUAGGAUGAUCUGCAGGAAUAUUUGAUGCACCGAACCUGGAAAAGCAUCACACCCACAAGAAUUGCCGCUAUGUGGGGCCGGGCAGUAGGCAAAAGUUCCUGCUUGUUUUCACUGUCAUCGGCUUUCACUUCCAAAGGCUCGCUAGUAAUGGCCAGCGGCUGCUCUUGUGAAACUUGAAAGUGGCCGCAGGCUCAUCGCAAGAAGGGCUGCAGUUUUCCCCAUUUUGCUCAAACGCAAUUUGUCAUAGCCACGUGCAGUUCACAGGCUUCCAGAACAAUGAGCCUCGAAAAUAUGAACUUAUUGGCAAUUUAUGGCCACACAGACUAAAGGUUGGUGCCAACUCGUGGAGCUGGCAUUUAGUGGGACAACCGCAUUUAAACACGAACAAAGUUUUCGGGACACAUCUGGUGUUUUGACGAGAGUGCUUCUUCAUUGAAAAAUAGGUAGAUGAGAAUGGUUGUACAAAGAUUGUGUUGCUACCUGCACAGCCUUCUUAGGGCACCUUAUAAGCGUUUAUAUGUACUUGCUUAACGAAUACUGUUCGAACAACGAUUACUGAAGAAGUGUGCAGCAACUUCACUUGGCCGAUGCGUGCGCACAGUUUUCACUUUAACAAAGCAGGGACACUAAAGGCUUACUGCAAUGAAACUUCUAUUUGGUUAAAUUUGUAAUCGGUGAGCAGUCACUACCAUAGCGAUCAUCAGCCAUGGUGGCAUCAUUUUUCCAAGUGUUGAUAUCUCGAUUUACUUUUGAGAGUCUCCCGUGAUGCACUCGUAUUCUAAACAUAAAACAUUGUACGCAGGACCACUUUGUGUCCCUCCUAUUUAAAUCUGGACCUUUACAGGUCCCAAUAAUUUGUUGCAGUUUGCCUUUGAUGGUGUACAAUGCAAAACGGGUGGUCCAUUUCGCACUGCUCCACAUAAUGAAUGUUUCUCAAUCGACGUAACGAAACACCAGAGCUUAUCGAGGUGCGCGUGCUUGCUGUUUUGACGAGGGGCAUUGUUGUGCAGCGAAAUAUUUACUCUGCGCUGUGCACUUCCACACCAUGUGGAAGUGUGUUGUUUCGAGACAGCUGUGUGUUCGAUGGCUGUUUUUUUUUUUUUUGCUGAGCGAAUACAAAUUGAAUAACGUGUUACGACGAAUGCUGUUAAAAAAGAUCUUGUGUCCUCUAGUGUGCAUAGCUUACAGUAGAGCGGAUGCAAGAUUGGCAUGUCUUGGAUAAGAAAUGAAUGCUUCCUGCCCGAUCGAGGCUUCAACAUGACCUCUCGGUCACAACCGUACUGUGAUUAUAGCAUCGCCUGAAGGGCGUUUACCGUAGAGGCUUUCAGGUUAAUGCUGUAGUGAAAAAAUAUAUGAAAGGUAAACUCGCAAAGACGGCUGAACAGUCACCAGCUAGCGCGGUGUGUGUUCUUUACAUGUCCAGUUACAAAACUCUUUUGCCAAGCUUUACGAUGUGCUUGCUGUUUGCACGUUGCUGUGAACUUAGUUUUGUGAUGGUCCUUACUCAUAUUGCUGAGGGGAGACUGUUGCUACAUAUAAGUUGAGCGAUGUCAUUAUUAAGGCUGGAAAAAAAUUUUCAAACUUAUUGUUUGGGCUUGUAAAGAAGCAGUUAAAGUGUGUGAUAAAUGGCAUAAAAAUAAUUGCUGUAAAUUUUAUGUAAGAUGUGGGCUGCCUUGCGCAUACAACGACGGACCACAAGUGUUUGCGAAUGGGAGUUGCCAAUGUAUGAAUCCGAUGAUUUCCAUCUGCAUCAACUUCAACGCACGAUUCCAAAUUCAAAGCUCUGCUGCCAAGCUGCAACAACGUUUUGUCAUUUCACUCCUCCCAUAACUGAAAAGCAUUUGUGAUUAUGUGUAACUGUCAUUCGCACAUAUUGUCCUAAAUCACAAAUUUGAAGCGGAGAAGUGAUGCGACCUUAAAUCGAUUUAGAAAAAGUAAACUUUGACCUGCAUUUGUGCAGGAUGAGAGGAGACCCCUCGCUUGCUCAACAUGUAUGCAUUGUUUAAUAAGUGUUUUUAACAGUCUACCUAGCAUUGAUGCACCUGGAUGUUCCUGAAUGCUAGUUCUUUCAGUCGCAUUAAAAUGUCCAAAAGUCA